AAGAAAAAUUCACCCAGCUGAUGAAUAGUUCUAUAGUUAUGAAAGGCAGUGGAUGUUAAGGGUCGGGUGGCGUUGUGAUGGCAAAUAGUUUUUUAAAGGUAGAUAUACAAAAGUGCUAGUAAACAAUGGACCAACAAUUUUGUCUACGAUGGAACAAUCAUCCAACAAACUUAACAGACGUUUUAUCAAGUUUAUUGAAGCGUGAAGCAUUAUGUGAUGUAACGUUAGCAUGUGAUGGAGAUAUGUUUAAAGCACAUCAAACAAUACUAUCCGCAUGCAGUCCAUAUUUUGAAACAAUAUUUUUGCAAAAUUCACACCCACAUCCAAUAAUCUUCCUAAAAGAUGUCAAUUACAAUGAAAUGCGAGCAUUGCUUGAUUUUAUGUACAAAGGUGAAGUGAACGUAUCACAAAAUUUACUACCAAUGUUCCUAAAAACGGCUGAAUCAUUACAAAUACGUGGUCUUACCGACAACAACACAUUGAAUAGUAAAACAAACGACGAUCGUAAUAACAGUAGUCCGAAACCGGAUAACAAUUCAAAUCGAACUGGUGCUAGUAUUGGAGCUGGAGCCGGUCUUGGUGCGAAUCAUGAACGAGAGAGAGAACGGCAUCGUGAAAGUGAACGAGAACGGACUGAGAGUCCACCAAGGGAGAAACGUAAACGUAAAACAUCUAUUAGUUCCGAACAAAAUAUCAAUACGUCAACGGCAAAUAAUGAACGUUAUAAUAAUGAGUCACAACAAUCGUCAAUAAGUUCAUAUAAAUCUAGUUCCGGCCUACAGUCUUUACAAUCGAAAUUAUGCACAGAAAGGGAACAAGUACCAGAAGAUUUGCGCGCUACCCCACCUCACCUGCCAUUAAUAAAACAAGAACCAACUGGAAUGGAAUCAACAUCUCAUAUGGAUUACAAGGAAUCAUUUCAUAUGGCCGAUCAUAUAGGAUUACAAUCAGUGGGUGGACCAAUGAAUUUACAUGUUGAUGAUUUAAAUUUGUUGGCGGCGCAUGGUCUUACGGAACCGGAUUUGGAACAUUCUACACCGACACCAACUCAUGACGUAUCUGAUAACAUCGACGAACUAAAAGGCUGGCGUAUAUCACAAUUAUUUGAGCGUGUGAAUGUAACUGAUGAACGACGUCGAUGUAUUAUGUGCGGAAAAAUGGUCACCAACAUUCGUAAUCACUACUAUGUACACUUUCCUGGGAAAUAUGCAUGCUCAUUUUGUCGUGCUGUCUAUACACGUAGUGAUACCUUGCUGUUACACAUGCGCGCUAAACAUCCAGAUGAAAUAUCGCAUUAAAAACAGCACAUCUGACACGUAAACACGUCACACCACACUUGAUGUUCGAUUCUGUUCGUUUCUUUUUUAACAUUAUUUUGAUUUUGUUACUUUUUAUUAAUGGUGGUAUUUGGAACAAAUGAUUUUUGCCAAACUAGUUUGUAAGGAUAAGUAGCAGAAAUAUUAUUUAGUUUAUAAUCAUAAUUAUAGUUUCUUUUCUCUUUUACGAAAAAUUUAUUGGUAGCUAAUUACUCUAGGUACUACUUUUCAUAGCCGAUAAAGGUCCAAGGCUGUACUACAAUUUUUUUUACGUAUUUUUAUAUGCUGAAGUUAAUUUUGCAAUGUGCUUGGAUUUAAUAUGGUGUCAAAAAUUAUAAUCAUUAGGACUAUUC